AAUUGACAGCCAACGCGAGCUAGGGACACACUUGAAAUAAUAGUGCGGAGGUCUGCACGAGUUCGGCCUUCCCCUAAAGCCCGGGCUCGGCCUCAGUUGAGCCAACUGUUUGGCCCCUCCCGGCUACGCUAUUUGCAACUCAGCAGAACUGUAGGCUAUAAAAAUGGCAGCCCUUAGGGAAUUUCGGAUGCUGCGCCUCUGCUGGUCACUAUAUGCCACAGCAGCCGCCCUCCUCUACUCCUACUCCUGAAAGAAAAAAAAAAAAAGAAAGAAAACAGAUGCGGCUAGGCCCCUGGUAUUACAGUAUCUGAUCUCUCCCCCUCUCCCUUGUUUCUUUGACAAAGCCUCUUAAAUUAAUGCACUUAUUUCCAGUUAGCUUUUCUAGGGGAUAAAGCGCAGCUCAUUGGAACAGCAAUGUCGCGGUGGCACGCUCACACUUUUAUAGAAAGUUUAGCCACAUAUUUAAUUUCCUAGUAACAUGACACUGUAAAAACGCGAACAGCGCUUGUAGUAGUUACACAUCGGACCUAUAUUCCAGACUCGAGAAGAACCUCUAUCGACUCGUCAUCCGUAAACGCCCUUUAAACAAUUGCGCCUAAAACUACGGCGUCACUAUACUGACGUCUAAUCCGUGAAUUUUGCCGAUAUGUUAUUCUCACGUCUCCAAACGUGCGUCUGUCUUGACGGACGCACGGAGACGGACCAUCCGAAGCAAUGGAGCUCGCCGAACCGUUCGUCAACGGCAUCGCCAAGGCCGCCGAUCCGUGCAAAGUGAGUGAUGCAGACUACACCAAACUCCUCGACAAAGUCUUCAGCGUGGUCACGAACGACGGCGAACCGGGGGCGGGUGGCGUCGACGAUGACGACGAGUCGGCGACAGCAGACGACGACUUCAAAGAUGGCUGCGCCGGACUGAUUGCGCUGGUGCUCGAGAGCUCGCGCUUCAACCUGGACGAUUCUCAGCUAGCGCUGCGCCUCGAAGAGUACGGAAUGACCGGCGCCCGCGCGGACUCCUUGGUCCGCAAGUACGCGGCGAACAAGCAGUUGGUGCGCGUCGAGUUGAGUCGCAUCGGGCGGCGGCCGCCUCACGUCACCGGCGUCGACUGGAGCGUCGAUUAUCGGGUCAAGAGCAACCACCUCGAGCGCAUCGGCGAGCCGGUAUUCCACAUCGAGCUCAAAACUUCCUCGGAGAAUCCAGUCUCGUUCGCGUGCAACAUGGCGCAGAUGCAGGACCUGCUGCAUAGCCUGCGGGAUGCCGCGAAGUGCGUUGAAAACAAGGCGCAGGGGGGCGGUUCUUGAGCCUACGUGCCCGUUUACGUUUUGUAAAUAAAAGAUUGUCUAACGAA